UAUAUUUGCAUCACCAUUCUCCGCCAUUUUGACAAAAGAAUUUGUUCAUAGCGUCCGAAUAUAAUAUCCGUGUUGGGAGUAAUAAACUCCUUGUGUUGUUGAAAAGAGUAUUUGCAGACGUUAUUUGUGAUGGAUCGGGGAGGUUAUGGCGGCGGCGGCCAGGGCUUUAAUAAUUUUAAUGUCCCUCCACCAAAUAUGCAGUCCAGCUACAAUCAACCACCUCCAACCCAACGCGGCGGCGGAGAUUACGAUUCCGGCAUUCGUGGUUCUGGCGGCGAUGGCGGUGGCCCUGGCUCAUGGUCCGACAAACGAGGCGGCAGCUCAUAUGGAAAUGGAGGCGCCAACAAGGACAGCUACAGCAAAGGACCCAUGGGUGGCGGCGGCGGCGGCGGUGGUAGCGGUGGCAGUGGCGAUAUGAUUACCCAAGAUGAUACCAUCUUUGUCUCUGGCAUGGAUGCAAACACAACAGAGCAGGAUAUUGAGACGCAUUUCGGUGCCAUUGGCAUCAUCAAGAAGGAUAAGCGCACAAUGAAGCCAAAGAUUUGGCUCUACAAGAACAAGGACACCGGCCUGUCGAAGGGUGAGGCCACCGUUACAUACGACGACACCAAUGCUGCCCAGUCCGCCAUCGAAUGGUUUGACGGACGUGUCUUCAAGGGAGCCAAUAUCAAAGUAUCUCUCGCACAGCGUCAGAGCACCUGGAACAAGGGCGGCGGUGGUCGCGGCGGUUUCGGCGGUCGUCCACGCGGUGGUGGUGGCGGCGGAGGCGGUGGUCGUUUCGAUCGCGGCGGUGGUGGCGGCGGCGGCGGAGGAGGCGGUGGUCGCUUCGAUCGCGGCGGUGGUGGUGGUGGAGGCGGCGGUGGUGGUGCAGGCGGCAAUGUUCAGCCCCGCGAUGGCGAUUGGAAGUGCAACAAUUGCAACAACACCAACUUCGCCUGGCGCAAUGAGUGCAACCGCUGCAAGACUCCCAAAGGAGGCGAAGAUGGCGGUGGUUCCGGUGGCAGCAGCGGCGGAUAUGGCGGUGGUGGAGGCGGCGGCGGCGGUGGCGGCUACGGUGGCAUGGACCGCAACGAUCGUGGAAUGAAUGACCGUGGAGGCGAUCGCUCUGGCGGCGGCGGCGGUGGCGGUGGAUACCAAAAUAGAGACCGUGGGGGCAACUCAGGCGGCGGUGGCCGCUAUUCAAACGAGAAUGGCCGUGAUGGCGGCGGCGGUGGUCGCGGUGGCGGAGGACGUGGUGGCGGCGGUGGGGCCAAUCGCAGAGAUGGCGGCGGUGCUAUGCGAAACGACGGCGGCAUGCGCUCCAGGCCAUACUAAUGACCUGUGCUUUGGUGACUCGAUGACCCCCAAUUUUUCAGAUUUACGUAUUAAUCGUAGCGAAAAGUAACCUUAUCAAAAGUUUACCCCAGUCAAAGCAAAAGAUUCAAAAGCGCAACCACAUCAACCAUUUUAUCUGAUUUUACGCCCCUCCCCCCAGCAACAACCACACACAACCACACACAACACAAGCACACGCCACUAUCCUCUAUCCCUCUUUUAUCGCUCGUUUUGACUUAGACUAUACAUACAUAAAUGUAAUCUAAUUUAAAAAACACUAUUUGUAAUAUUGAAACAAAAA